CUGUACCUGCCGUGCACCUGGAGCAUCGGCCUGGCGGCCGAGCCGGGCUGCCUCCCGGACUGGCGCGUGCUGUCCCUGUUCGGCGUCGGAGCGGUGCUCAUGCGCGGAGCCGGCUGCACGAUCAAUGACAUGUGGGAUCGUGACUAUGACAAAAAGGUUGUGAGGACAGCAAGUAGGCCCCUGGCAGCUGGAGAUAUCUCCACUUUUCACUCCUUCAUUUUUCUUGGGGGACAGCUUAGCUUGGCACUUUGUGUGCUUAUGUGUCUGAAUUACUAUAGUAUCGUUCUGGGAGCAGCCUCUUUGUCUCUUGUGAUCACCUACCCUCUGAUGAAGAGAAUAACAUAUUGGCCACAGUUAGUUUUGGGAUUUACAUUUAAUUGGGGAGCUCUUCUUGGCUGGUCUGCCAUCAAAGGGUCAUGCGAGUGGUCUGUGUGUUUGCCCUUGUACUUAGCUGGAGUAAUGUGGACGCUGGUAUACGAUACCAUUUACGCACAUCAGGAUAAGAGGGACGACAUCAUUAUUGGUGUGAAGUCAACAGCGUUACAGUUCAAGGAGGAUACGAAGCAGUGGCUCAGUGGCUUCAGCCUUGCAAUGCUCCUGAGUUUGUGUGUGGCAGGAAUAAAUUGUAACCAGACAUUCCCGUAUUACUCAGCGGUGGCUGCCAUAGGGGCUCACCUAGCGCAGCAGAUUUACACUUUGGACAUAGACAAACCUGAAGACUGUUGGAAGAAAUUUGCUUCAAAUCGUUCCGUAGGAGUUCUGCUCUUCAUAGGGAUUGUGCUUGGAAAUCUGUGGAAACGAAAAGACUCUAAAAAUGUAGAAGAGCCUUUAGAAAACAAGUAGUUGAAAUUACUAUAAACACUGAUAUUUUAGUCCAGCUAAAAUGUAAGUACUGUAAGAAGGAAAACACAUUUAACAUAACUAUAGCUGCUUUAUUCUGUUUAUAAAGCUGGUGAAACCAUUCUUGUUUCUAAAAAUGUGCAAAUGAGAUUAUCCUACAAUGUGAAUUUUGAUUAUCCUUAAAUGACUUCAACCUCCAUAGAAGCUUCAACAAGUGAAGCUGCUCUGUUGGUCCUGUGUAGUACAACCAAACUUCUGUCAAGCUCUCAAGACUGUGAGCCCAAGAUUUUAUAUGCAACAGAUGUCUCUUAGUGACAGCACAUUGGAAAAUGCAAAGUAAUUUCAGGAUGUAAAUAAAAUCUGGCUGGACAUG